AUGAGACCAGCUAUACCUCUUGACUAUGCUGUCUUCCAACUCUCCCCAAAGCGGUCAAGAUGUGAAUUGUUUGUAUCUACUGCGGGGAAUACUGAGAAACUCGCUUCUGGGCUCUUGAAACCUUUUGUUGCUCAUUUGAAAGUUGCGGAAGAACAGGUCGCCCGGGAAGUUCAGUCUAUCAGGCUAGAAGUUGAAAGCGACAAAAAUGCUGGAACUUGGUUUACAAAAGGGACACUCGAGAGGUUUGUACGCUUUGUUAGUACCCCAGAGGUUCUGGAAUUGGUAAGCGCAUUGGAUGUGGAAAUGUCUCAGUUGGAGGCUGCCCGGAAAAUAUAUGGCGAGGGGAGUGGUGGUGAUCAGCGAUCUAAUGCAAAAGAUGGCAGAGAAACUACUCCAGCAGCUGAUGGGACAAAGAAAGAGCUACUGAGAGCUAUUGAUUUAAGGCUUACAGCAGUUAGACAGGACUUAGCAACUGCGUGUAAUCGUGCAUCGGCUGCUGGUUUCAACCCUAUCACUGUCUCCGAACUUAGCCAGUUUGCUGAUCGAUUUGGGGCCAACCGCUUGAAUGAAGCAUGCGCCAAGUUUAUUGCACUUUGCCAGAGGAGGCCAGAGCUUAUGAGCUCUUGGAAGUUCAAUCAGGAAGAAGAACUUAUGCGUUCAUCAUGGGAAUCUGAUAUGUCAAUUGAUGAUCCCAGUGAAGACCCAUCUAGAAACCUAGCGACUAACAGAACCCAACAACAUAGGGAACAUCAAACUGGUAUGGAAGAGCAGAGUGCAACAGGAACCAACAACUGUCAACAAGAAUUAAAGCUUAAGCCACAAAGUAGUCAUGAUGGAAAGGCAGAAGAAGAGGAAAAAAGUCCUGAGCAAAAUGAGCCAUUAGCAAGUCAGCCUAGGCAACUCACGAGACGGCUUAGUGUGCAGGAGAGGAUCAGCCUAUUUGAAAACAAGCAGAAAGAAAGCUCUGGAGAGAAAACAGCUGUGGGAAAAUCCACUGAGCUGAAAAGACUCUCUUCUGAUUUAUCAUCUUCUGCAGGCAUGGAAAAGGUUGUGGUACGAAGAUGGAGUGGUGCUAGUGACAUGAGCAUUGAUCUGGGAAAUGAUAGGAAGGAUGGUACCAGUGAUAGUCCAUUGUGCACUCCCUCGUCAUCAUCAGUGUCGAAAGAUGGAAGUGGUAUUUCUUCGAAACAAGGUGUCGGCUACAGUAAAGAGCAGAAUGGAUUGAGUCCUUAUGAGAAUCCUCAAAGGAAUGGAGACGAAUGUAGUUCCAAUAAUGUUGGUGGUUGGGGAAUGGACGAAAUCGAGCCUCAGAAUUCAAGUUCUACUUUCUUACGAAAAGACAAGGAGGUAGACUUGAAGGUUCCACUGAGUACAGAUAAUCAAGUAGGAUAUCAAGGAAAUUCUCAGGAUGGUUCUUCGGAGAAAUAUUCCAAGUAUACAUUCUAUGAAAAGAAUUCCAGAAGCACUUUGGAUUACUCAGGGAAUGCAAUAGAUGAUGAGUCCGACAACAAAAUGGGCGAUUUUGAAUCAAACAGCCAGAACCAAAUACAGUUUAGGGAUCCGCGAAGUCAUUCAUUGUCUACAUUAAAGCAGUUAGGUGGUACUGAAUCUAACAUUGCAAGUGUUCGGAGCAAUGGAGGAACUGCAGAGUCUCCUAGGAAAGAACUAAUGCCUUCGGAUCGGCAAUCACCACUAGUUGAGGACCGCCAGAGAAAGACACCCGUUUAUGGAGGUUCUGAACAGAUGAAAAGGCCGCACAGAAGGACUGAUAUUGGUUCUGCUGAUGUAAGUAAAAAGCCACCUGCAGCCAUUAAUAGUGUUUCAGAUAUGUCCGAGAGCGAUACUAUGACCCAAGUGUCCCAGGCAGAGCAAGCUCAUAGGGCAAGACCGUCUAAGGGAAGUCAAGAGCUGAAUGACGAGCUGAAAGUGAAAGCAAACGAGCUUGAAAAGCUAUUUGCUGAACAUAUGCUCCGUGUGCCUGGGGAUCAAUCCAGUUCUGUCCGUAGAGGUAAGCCCGGAAAGCCGAGUGAACAGGCUCUGACUUCGCAGCUCAGAAGACCUGUAGCACAAGAUGUACCUUCUGCACAAAUAUCUGACCAGAAGACCUCGACAAUGCCAACUUUAAUCUCAAACGACGAAGACAACUUCAAAACUCCACCAAUAAAGAAGAUGGUUAUUAACAAUGACUAUGGAGAUGCCACGAGGCAAAAAUUUCCAGAAAUAAGCUUUUCGGAUCAUUCUAGAGGAAAGUUCUAUGAGAAAUAUAUGCAGAAAAGAGACGCGAAGCUGAAGGAAGACUGGAGUUCCAGAAGGACCGAGAAGGAAGCCAAAUUGAAGGUGAUGCAAGAUAUACUUGAUCGUAGUAACGCUGAGAUGAAAACCAAAUUUUCUCAGUCUACGGCAAGACGUGAUUCAAUUGCCCGACGUGCAGAGAAGCUUGCAUAUUUCAAUUCUAAGUUGAGUGCUAAAAAGGAUCAGCAUCCAAUUAGCUCAUUUCAUAGUGAAGAAGAUGAGGAUGCUUCCAGGACCACCCAGAAUAAGAAGCUACAACAAAAUAAAAACAAUUUUUUGUCUGCUCGAACCACUCCUACAUCAGGUUCACGCUCGGCAGCCAAGGUUUCUACACCCAGUGCUGUUAGGCGGAGAGGACAAUCAGACAAACUUAUUGCACAAUCAGUCCCUAACUUCUCUGAGAUCAAGAAGGAAGGCAUGAAACCAGCCUCAGGAGUUGGAAAAAAUGGUGUCCGCUCACAGGUGAGAAGCUCUGUCCGCCCAAAGGCUGUAACCGAAGAAGAGAAGCUGCGAAGACCGACAAAUUUCAGAAAAGGUCCUGCUGAAGCUGCUGAGUCGGCAAACUUUUCUCAACUAAAGUCAGAGGAUGGUGAUUCUGUACCUCUGAAUCUUGAACAAGAGCAAAGAGGGAGAAAUUUUAACAAUCUGGGUAUCAGCUCUGAUAAUGACCAGCUAAAGGCUUCAGAAGGAUCUGACGCGUCAGACGAUAUGGAGAAAGAGGGGAUGGAAGAAGUGCUCGAUGACACGGAAGUCGAAGCUUUUACUGAUGCAGAAAACGAGAAACCAAGACUAAGUCAGGAUUUUGAAGAAUGGGGAAGUACGGGGGUUGCAAAUGGUGAAUCUAUUUCUCAGCUUGACCCUGGUUCAAAUGCUGCAUUACCUGCUGCUAUGACUUCUGAGCAUCAAACCAUCGGUUCAUUUCUGGAUUCACCAGGCGAAAUCCCUGUUCCAUGGAAUUCACGAGUAAAGCAUCAAUAUCCUAACGAGGCAUUGGAAGACGCUUUAGUGGACUCUCCAGUGGGUAGUCCUGCUUUCUGGAACUUCUCUUCCCUUAACAACACAGAGAACGAUACAGCUCAAAUGAGAAAGAAAUGGGGAGCUGCUCAGAAACGCGUCACUGCUGGUAAUCCAUCACAGAAUCAGUGCCAACAGGAUGUGGCAAAAGGGUUGAAGAGGCUCUUGAAUUUCGGGAGGAAAAACCGUGCAGCGGAGAAUUUAGCUGACUGGAUAUCUGCUACAACCUCUGAAGGGGAUGAUGAUACUGAAGAUGGACGGGAUCUUGCAAAUCGUUCAUCAGAAGACUUGGGAAAGUCGAGAAUGGGAUUCUUACAGAGCCAUCACACUGAUGAUAGUUUCCACGAGAGUGAGCUAUUUAAUGAACAAGCCCAAACUACUAGCAUACCAUUGAGCUUUAAACUGAAGGAGGAUCAGACGUCAGGAACUUCUGUAAAAGAUUCAAAGAAAAUGGCUUCUCUUACUCCUAGAGUGUUAAUCAAGCUUCUCCAGACAAUGAACACAAACAUCAAGGUUCGAGGAGAAUAUCGGUCUGUUCUCUUGCAGGUCAUCAGCAUUGUCCCUGCUUUAGCCGGCUCAGAGCUUUGGCCAAACCAAGGCUUUUUCAUCAAAGUCUCGGAUUCCUCUCAUUCCACUUAUGUCUCAUUGAGGAAUGAAGACAAUGAUCUUAUCUUGAACAACAAAUUGGGAUUGGGACAAUUCUUCUACGUUGAUAAGCUUGAAGCUGGGACACCUGUUCCUGUAAUGGUGGGAGUUAGACCGAUCUCUGGUCGCCAUCCUUUUGUAGGAAACCCCAAAGAUUUGAUGCAAAUGUUGGUACCUAGUGAGACAACAACUCUGCAAGAAGAAAUCCACGACAAGAAGAAGAAUGUUGUCGCGAGAUCAAACGCGGUAGAGAAUCAAAGAAGACAUCAAGGUUUUGUAAUCAAGGAAGAGAAGGCAGGAGUGGCUUCAAGAUAUAUGCAAGGUAUUUCAAAUCCAAAGGCAAGUGGAUCAGAUUCGAGUAGCGGCAGUAGCAACAAUGAGAGUGAGAAUGGAUCGACGGCGAAUAAGAAAGUUGGUGGAUUGGCUAAGGGAAAGCAAAGGGAGCACAAAGAUCAGGGACGUCAAGCUGGUCCUCCACAAUCUCGGCCUGCUACAGCUCCAAUAAAGGCAGAGCCAAAGAAACUCUCUUUGAGCUCAACUGUGAAUUACAUAAACAGAAAGAGUAGUUCUUCUGAGGAUGCAUCAUGGACCUCUCUGCCUGUUAAUUUAUCAAAAAUGGGUAAAGGAAUGCUGAGAAGAAGAAAUAUUGCUGUUCUGAUUGCCACAGAAGUCCAAAGAGAGGCAUUGGCUGCUUCACAUCUUAUCAAGUGUAUCAGUAUGUUUGCUGACCUAAGCUCAAGGGCUUCACCAAAGAAUCCACAUUCCGCUCUCAGAAACUUCUUCAACCUCCAGAGUGUCCUUGACCAAGCUGCACAGGCCACAGCUGCAUCUAAGGAUAAAUCGUUCCAGCUGGUGAAUGUUCAUUCAUUAUGGACAGAGCCUGAAAAGUUGAGCAAAAAGGCUAGUCUAACUUCAAGCAAAACCACAACAAAGCCUUCAAAAUCUUCAAAAAAUCUAACGGAAGCCGAUAAGUUAGAAUGGGUUACGGGAAAUGGUACAGAAGAGAUAAAAGAACUGAGAAACACUAUGAAAGAAGAAACAAGAAGCUGGUUUUUGAAAUUCUUGGAAGAAGCAAUAGAUACUAGAUUUCAUGCUACUGUUACAGAGAAGAAAGGAAAACCCAAAGGAGCGCGACAAGCGGAGCCUGAUAAUCAUAUUGCCGAGACAUUAUCCCAGCUUAAGCAAGCAAACGAAUGGCUGGACAAAGUUAAAAGUGAUCAUCACUCUAGUGAUAAUUCUUUGUUAGAGAACAUAGAACGAUUGAAGAAGAAAAUAUACUCCUGUUUGCUGCUUUAUGUAGAUUCAGCUGCAUCAGCUAUGGAAAAUCAACAAGCUCGUGACUGA